CAAAAUAUAAUUGUACACACCAGACAGUGGUCGAGGGAUAAAGGAUUAUGUCAGUAAUGGAUAGUUCAUUUAGGUGUUCAAUCACUCGUAUUCUUUCCUGUGAAGAGUAACGGAAGGUAUUCGUCUCUUUAAUUUAAAAUUAAGUUAAAUAAUGCGGAGAUCUGAAAAGCGGUUUCUGAUCAAGUUUACGUGUUUAUUUUGUUUAAUUUGGAUAUGUGUGACAUUCUUAAUCAGUAAAAAAUAUAAUUUACUUUUGAGUCAAACAUGGAUGGAAAGCGCAAACUAUAUCAGGGCUAAAACUGUACGAAAUUUGGCUAACAAAUCUGAAAGUCCGGAUAACAUAUCGGGAAAGCCUGAAUUUAGAGAUCAGUUGGUAGAGCAAGCAAACAAACCUUAUAGAUGGAAAACAAACUACAGUAACUCAAAAGUGGGUUAUAAAGGUAAAGGUGUAAGUGUUGACGAAAGCCUUCUGUCGCCUUUACAGAGACAGACAUAUGAUGACGGAUGGAAGAAAAAUGCUUUUAAUCAGUAUGCUAGUGACCUUAUACCGGUUAAUCGAUACGUCGGAGACCACAGACAUGAAUUGUGUACAACGGUGGUUUAUAAAGAAUAUUUACCAGAAGCAUCUGUAGUAAUUAUAUUCCAUAAUGAGGCAUGGAGUGUAUUAUGGAGGACUGUAUACAGUAUAUUAAACACAUCACCUUCAUAUCUGCUGAGGGACAUCUUUCUGGUCGAUGAUGCCUCAACACAAGAACAUUUACAUCAGAGGCUAACCGAAGAAGUUGAUAGAUUUCCUAAUGUUCAUUUGCUUCGAACUGGUUUUAGAUCAGGCUUAAUCAAAGCUCGAUUAUUGGGUUUUUCUCAUGUUAACACAACAGUUGCUAUAUUUUUAGACUCUCACUGUGAAUGUUCGGAGGGCUGGCUUGAACCACUAUUAGAUAAAAUAGCACACUGUAACAAAACAGUUGCUGUUCCCUUAGCUGACCAAAUCUCAUCAGAAACAUUCCAGUUUAGCCCUGUCAAUAUAGAACAUAUGCACAUGGGAGGAUUUGACUUCGAUUUAAACUUUAACUGGAGACCUGUUCCAGAGGAAGAAUUGAAGAGGAGAACCAGUGUUAUAGACUCUGUAAAAAGUCCAACGUUCCUUGGGUGUUGUUUUGCAAUUAGUGUGGAUUUUUUCAAAUAUUUGGGGACAUACGAUCCCGGCUACCAGAUAUGGGGAGCAGAAAAUUUAGAACUAUCUUUUAAGACCUGGAUGUGUGGUGGAUCACUAGAAAUAAUUCCCUGUUCUCACAUUGGUCACAUGUUCCGUAAUGCCAUGCCAUACUCCUGGGGUGAGAAUGGCAUGCACAUAUUGAUUAAAAACAGUCUCCGAUUGGCCGAAGUCUGGAUGGAUGACUUUAAAAGGUUUUAUCAUGACAGAAUAUUUUAUAACAUAAAAUUUGAUAUUGGUGACAUUACAGACCGUAAAAAAUUAAGAAGGUCUCUUAAGUGUCAUAAUUUUGACUGGUAUUUGAAAAACGUGUAUCCAGGAUUAUUUCUUCCCUAUAAUAGUAAGGCCACAGGACAUAUACGGAAUGCAGCUACUGAACUAUGUAUAGAAUCUCCAGUGAUGGGUUUUAUGAUGUACAGAGAAGUUAGUCUUAAGCCAUGUAGUGAUUAUGCGUUCAAUCAGCACUGGACGUUUACAGAAAAAAACACAAUAAGACGAGAUGAGGGAUGUCUUGGUUAUCAGGAACCUCACUCUCUCGUAGUGAUGCCAUGUUACCCUCUUGCCUCAAAUAUUAAAUGGACAUAUUCACAAGAGAACUUGAUCAUUAGUAACCUGGACAACCUUUGUUUGGAACUGUCUACUGAUAGUACAAAAGUUAAUGUGAAACCUUGUCACGGUGGAAGUCAACAAGUGUGGUCAUGGCCUCGACGUACACUUAAGAAAAGGUCGUGAUUAGAACUAAUAGUAGAAUUUUUAUUAUGGUUUAACCCAAAUUAUAGGACACUAGAUGAUGCAAGACGAAGUUCUAUAUUUGUUAUGAAUACAACUAACAUUUGUGAAUUAUAAACAAUCAUUUUUUUAUUCAUUUACACUUAUGAAUCAUGUUACUUGUUUGAGUUAUACGGUGGAUUCAUUUAAAAUAAAUAUUCACCGAACAUUGA